AUGAAGGGCCGCCCAGUCGAAGACUUGGUGCACGAACAGCUCUUCCCCAGGCCCAAAGCCAGCGAUCCGCAGAAUUUCCAGGCGUUUCUGCAGCGCAGUCUCAUCCCCGAAGUCCGCCAGGAGACGCAUGCCUUUUACGGACACCUCGAAACCCAGGAGGCCAAAUAUCCCGGCCUCGACUACACUCACCCAACCCAUAAAAUUCGCCUCUGCCGAUGGCCGUGCCACAGACGCCUCUUCCGAGCCUUUGACGUCCUGCGCCUUACCAAAGGUGAAAUCUGCCGCCUUACCAAAUGGGAGGGCACGAAGUGGGCAAAGGAAAAAUUCGAGACGGAACAGGGAGUCGCCAUUAGAGACACAACCGCGGACGAGGUAUCCGACUGGGCACCGCCGCCAGAGGUCGAGCUGCCCGAGACCUCGCGCACCACACUGGCCGGAUCCUCGCAGGAGCAAAUCGCCGCGUCGACCCGCAACCUCGGCGUGCUGGACCAUGAAGACGACGCCAAUCGGGAAGAUGAAAGUAAUGGCGAGUUUGAGAGCGUCGGCGUGCACCUGAACGAGCGGCUUCGUGACCGCGCAACCCGCCGCGAGGCCGGAGACACAUCCGUCGUCCUCGACGAAGAGUGGGAGCAGUGGUUCAAGAACGCCAUUGACUCGGGAGAGCUGGCCCUUCUCACCGAGCAAAUGACGGAGCACAUGAUGCGCAGAGCACCCACCACGUCCGCCAUUCCCGCCGCCCUCAUCCCGACACGCAUGCUCGCCGCUGCCCGACUCGGCCAAUGGUCUGAGAUCCCCGAAGUCCUGCACCCCAUUGUCCUCCGAACUAUUGAAGCCGAACUCUCUAGCCUCCGCGCGGAAUCUCGAAGAUCCCGCGCUAGUGCUGCAGAAACGGCACCUCGCUCCUCUCUCCCCCGAGCAAGUCGCGCGACAAUUCGUCUUCCGAAUACACAGAAUGCAUUCUAG